AUUCAUCCAUCAUAAUUUAUAUUUUUGAUUGGCCAUAACUUCAUAUCAGGGUAAAGUUCAUACUCAGGCCAUGCUGAGUAUUACAAAAGUUCAAAACCAAAACAAUAACUAAAACAGAGUAUUCCUUUGCAAACACAAAUAUUACAGUAAAAUGGCAGCAAGAUCAGUGAACCUUUGCAAGUCUCUUUGCAACUUUCCAAAAACAUCAAUAUGGUUACCAGCCUGUUUAAAGCAACCUCUAAAUUGUAGAGCAUCUUUUGCACACAAACAGGGUGAUGCUGUUUACAGAAAGCUUUGGAAUAGCUCAACAAAAUAUAAACUACCAACUCUCAACAUCAAACCUUUAGUUUUUUUACAGACUGCAUCACUGGGCCUAGGCUCAUCAUAUCUGUCACUUACCUUGCACCUACUCACAUUAUCAAGAGGAAUGUGCACUGCAUCAAGCCAGCCAUUAGGUAAACUUGGUGAUGCAAAGCUUCAACUGGUCUUCACCUGUAAAGUCUGCCAGACACGUAGUACUAAGACAAUUUCCAAGCAAGCUUAUGAAAAAGGUGUUGUGAUUGUAAAGUGUCCAGGUUGCGAGAAGAACCAUCUUAUUGCAGACAACUUGGGAUGGUUCCAAGAUAUAAAGGGCAGGAACAUUGAAGAAAUUCUUGCUGAAAAGGGGGAAAAUGUUAAAAGAGUGACAUCGUCAGAUGAAACAUUAGAACUAACAGCUGAUGACAUUCUUGGGAAAGAGGCAUGGACAAAGGCACAAGAAAUAUUAAUACAGAUGGCACAGGAGGAGGAUGGUAACACAGAGGAGCAUGGAGCAUCAGAAAAGCGGAGACGGGAGGAUGAGAAGCCAAAGGAAAGUUGAAGUUAAGAAUUGAAUAGAAUGCGAUAGAAAUGGCAGAGUUGCAGUUCUCUUUACUAAAAGAAAUAAAAAUGGAAGAAAAUAAAGCAUCAUUGAAGGAGUUCAGAGGAGAGAUGAAGACUACUGUAUAUGAUAAAGUGGAUGAUGGUGUAGUGCAGAAGAUG